AUAAAGGGAGUGUCUGGUUCUCUUUUCUCACUUCGUCUGUGAAAGGACAGCGGGAUAUAUGCAGAGGGAGGCAACGAGAAGCAGAGGAUUCAGCUGCCAUGGAGGUCCUGGUGCUGGUUGACUUUGAGGGCCAGCAGGGUGAUGAGUUGAAGAUCAAAGCCGGUGACAUCAUCUGCAAGGUGCAUCCAGGCCCGGAAGAGGGGUGGCUCCAGGGCGAACUAGGAGGCAGGACAGGACUCUUCCCCCAGCAGCUUGUGCAGGAAAUCCCAGCAAGUCUCCGAGCAGAUGGCUCCCAGCGGUGUCCCCGAUCCGUCCGCAGUGUCCAUGCUGUGAAAAAGCAGCCCCUGCCGAAGCAGCGCUGGUGCCAGGUCACCUUCCCGUAUACGCCUGCCAAGGAAGAUGAGCUGGAAUUGUGCCCCGGAGAGCUGGUGCAGAUCUUGGAGGAGAUUGAGGAUGGCUGGUGGCUGGGCAAGAAGAGCGGGAAAUUGGGAGCCUUCCCCUCCAACUUCGUGCAAGAACUGGGCAGCCAGCCUCCAGAGCCAGUCUUCCUAGAGCCCAAACUGGGGGCAGGGAAACAACGGCCCAAAGUAACAGAUGAGACAUUCAUGCUGACCGAGACGGAGGCUGUGAAGCCAGAGACGGUGAUGGAGAAGCCCGUUCCACCAGUUCAGAAGCCCCAGACGCAACAAACCUCUGCAGGUAACUCACCUCUCUAUUGCCGAGUCAUGUUUGAUUAUGAGCCAGAGCAUGAAGAUGAGCUGCUGCUCAAGAAGGGUGACUUGGUUCUCUUGCUGAACAAGGACACCAUGGAUGUGGGUUGGUGGGAAGGGCAGAUCCAAGGCAAGAGGGGCCUCUUCCCUGACAACUUCGUCAUGCCUUUGCCCCAAAUGCCACCUGAGAUCAAAUCCCAAGUGCCAGCCAGGAGCAAAAACUCUGCUACCAAGUCAGCCAAGAAGCUCUUCCAUGGCAGCAAAGUGGACUUAAGGCAUCUUGGAGACCACAAAGAUGCAAAGGAACAGAAGACAGAUGCCCCCAAGUUGAAUCCUCCUGCAAAGAAGUUUCCACCUCCUUCUCCUGUAACGGCAAAGGCCAGACCAGCCCCUGUUGUGUCCCACAAAUCCUCAAGUGUUCCCACUUCCUGCAUGGCAACCCCUGGGGGGAAAGGCAAGCCUAGUGAGGCAGAAACCCCUCCUUUCGAUGCUCUCCUCGUUUCCCAUGCCAAACUGAGCCACCCAACAGCUGACCGCCCCAAAAUGCCAGGGAAGAGGCCUCCCAGCCAGCCGACAGCAGAUUCAGGGGGGAAAGAGCCAUCCUUACCCAUCAGAGAGGAAGCUGCAGCCAGUGAAAUGCCUCAAGUGGAGGAACACGCAGCAUCUCUGGAGGACCUCAAGGCAGAGCUCAGCUCGCUGAAGAUGCACAUAGAGCUGUUGCAGGCUCAGCAUCGGAGAGACAUGGAAGAGCUGAAGAAGCAGCUGUGUCAAGAACAGUCUAAGAGGGCAGCCCUAGAAACUGAAAUUGAGCAGUUGAAGCACACCCUAGCCCAUGAGUGUAGGACUGUGACCUCUGAGAAUGGAACCCCAAACCUCAGAGCUGCUUCAAUGGCAUAGAAUUCAUGGCUGCCUGUCUUCUUCACUGUGGACUGUUGAGGGGAGCGAGUUCUGUUCUCCCUUGGCCUGAAACUGCUGGGGAAGAAUUCUGUCUUCUGCUCUGCAGAAUCUGGGCUUGUCUUCUCUUCUGCCCGAGAUGAGCUGCAAGGUCCAGCCCCACCUGCUUCCCCGUGCUUGAGCUCUUCUGCUUCACCUGGGCCUGCAGGGAACUGGGAACACCUCUCCUGCCCCCCCCCCCGCCCUGCAUGGCCUGAGGGUGGGGGUUGGGCUGGGCCAGGCACAAUUGUGAUCACAGUCAGUCUUGCAGACUGGUGCUGCCAGGGUCAGUUUCACCAUUCCCUUCCUGCUGCCUGAAUUUCCUGCCUUCUGGAGUGGGUGAAUCCCACCAGGGCUUGGUCUGGGCUGGACUUGACUGUCCAGCAGGUCACUUUGACUUGGGGAAGGCAGUCCAAGAAGCUGUUUGCACAUGUGGCACACAGUGACAUAUGGAACGGGUUUAACUUGUGGUUUGCCCUUGAAAAGUAUGAGACCUUUUGCCAGUAUACUUGGAGGAUUCUGACAGAAUCCAGAUUUUUUAGGGGGUGCGGAAUGGAAAGCAGUGAUUAAACUGUUUUAGACUGAUUAUUUUGGUGGCUCCCUUUCUGCAUUCCUUCUGCCAGGUAGCCCUUGGUGUAAAAUACUCAACUGCUGCUGUUUUUAAUGGUUACUAAUAUUCGGCGGGGGGGGGGGGGGGGCAGGAAUUAAGAAAUGUUCUUUUUCCCCAGGCAGCUGCUGGUACAAGGUCAAAUGGCUGGAAACUGUUGUGCAUAGUUCAACUUCCUCUUAAUUUAAAAUUAAAUAUUUUUUAUAUUUAA